AUGCCUCCACUUUACCAGCAAAAGUUUGCCACUCCAGUUUCUUUACUACCCAAUGAAAACUCCGGAGACACGCAGAACAAGAGGCCAUCGCAGCCACAUCAUGAUACCCCAGAUCCCAAGCGGCGAUUUACAUCACCACUCCCAGCAUCACAAGACGUAUCUCGCGAUUCCAGCAGGAGUCCGUUACCUCAUUCAGACUGGUGCAGCAACGGAACUACGUUUUGUUACGGAUCGGUCAGUAAACUGAUGCUGUAG